AAGCCAUGGACUUGUAUCCACCACAGAACUCUUGGAUUUGAUGCGCAAUGCUGAGUCAGCUGCUGAAGUUGAGAAUGGCUGGGACAGUGACAUGUCUGCCAUCUUGCUGCUGCUACAUUUGCUACCACCAUCUGCACAAGGUAGAAAGAGGCCGGGAAAGAUGUCUGCAUAUCAAGCUGUAGAUCAGCUCAUCAGAUUUCAAAAGGUUGGAACCAGUGUGCAGCAGCAUCUUGACAACAUCACCCAAAGCAGUCAGCCCUACCUUCUCGCCCAGGGAUCCACACAGAGCAGCAUUCACUCCUACUUCAUUGUGGUUGACAAGCAUGCUCUUCCAUGCAAGGCAACAGGUUCAGUAGGAGCUUUUGACGAAGUCUUUAAAGCCCAUUACGUAUUUGGUACGUCAUACAGUUCUUCCUUGAGCAGCUUUUUUCACUUUUGUGCAAACAACCAUCUAUAACAUCGACAUGGGGGAAACAAAGGAGACUCCUAGAGUUGCUGAGUUGCGAGCAAGAAUGGUGCGUUAGUUGAGAUAAAACUAUGAAGUGUUUUCUUUGCAAAAGUGACCAUGGAAGUCCAAACAACCUUGUUAAGCACCUUAAGAUAAUUCAUGGGCUAUGUACAGGCAGGACUCUUUUUCUGAAAUGUGGUCAAGAAGGAUGCUCACGUUCUUUUGGUAGCUUUUCUGGUUUUAGAAAACAUCUUAACAAGUGCCACGGAGAAAGUUUAGUAGAUUCUAUAGAAGAUGAUCUUUCAGACCCUCAAAGUACCGUCAACACCAGUAAUAUUUCUCAUGUUGAAGUGUCGACUGAAUGUUUAGAGGCUGAGUCAGAGUUAUCUUCGCCAUACAUUGUAAAUAGUUGUGCAGCUGUUAUUUCUGAUCUAAAGGCAGCAGGUGUUGGUCAAAGUACAGUAAAUACUGUAGUGAUUUCCAUGGAAGAGAUUGUUCAAGAUAUUCAUCAGCAUGCUAAAGAAACAGUGAUAAAGCAUGUAUUUAGUAAUGAAAGAGAAACAGAAAUGUGCAAGAAAGUUGAGGCGUGUUUUGAGGGGUUAGAGAAUCCUUUCACAGUUCUAAAUUCGGAAUACAAGCGAUCAAAAUUUAUGACUGCCAAGUGGGAAAUAGUAGAACCAGUUGAAUGUGUGAUUGGUUCAAGAUUUGACACAAGACUAAAUAAAAAGACUGGAACAUAUGAUCAGGUAGUAGUUCAAGAUAAAUUCAUGUAUAUUCCAAUUUUAUCUACACUGCAGUCAAUAUUUAAAAGUCAGUAUUUUGCAGAAAUGUUGCAAAGCUCAGCUACCAGCAACUCUAGACUGAGAGAUAUUUGUGAUGGAUCUUUUUUUAAAAGUCACCCCCUGUUCUCAACUGAGAAGCAGACAAUACAGGUCCAGAUGUUCUAUGAUGAUUUUGAGGUCGCCAACCCAUUGGGUUCCAAGCGAGGUAUUCAUAAAUUGGGUGGAGUAUAUUUUACUUUAAGAAACUUCUCUCCAAAAUGGAAUUCUUUUUUGGCUAACAUACACCUGUGCGCCUUAUUUCAUACUCAAGAUGUUAAACGAUAUGGUUUUAGUGAAAUUUUUGCUCCCAUUGUUCGAGACAUUAAAGUGUUAGAGAGCGAUGGUAUUGAGAUUCCAUUAUACAGUGGUUAUGUACGUGGCACUGUAGUACAGGUAACAGGUGAUAAUUUGGGUUUGCAUAGUUUGUUUGGUCUGGUGGAGUCUUUCAGUGCAAGGUACUGUUGCAGGUUCUGUUUAGCAGAAAAGGAGGACUUUCAAACAGAAUUCUCUGAAGAUUCUUCCAAAAUAGUUUUACGCACCAAAGAUAUGCAUACUGCUCACUGUCAAGAAAUGGCUUGUAAUCCAUCCCUUCCGUAUGUUUUUGGUGUGAAAAGGUCAUGCAUAUUAAAUUCAUUGAGGUAUUUUCACACAACUGAGAACUUCUCAGUUGAUGUGAUGCAUGAUGUGUUAGAAGGGGUUGGCCAGUACGAAUUGAAGUUAUUAUUUCUGUAUUUGAAUGAAAAACAUGUUACAUCAGGAGAAAUACAUUCAAGAAUACAAAGUUUUGAUUAUGGUUUCACAGAGAGAAAUAACAGGCCUGUGACUGUUAAUUUAAGUGAAGGAUCUAAUGAUCUGGGACUGAAUGCAAUUCAGUCCUGGUGCUUACUUAGGAAUGUUCCUCUUAUCUUUGGAGAUUUGGUAACUUCUACUGACCAACACUGGGGCCUGCUUCUUUUAUUAUUGCAAAUAAUUAACAUUAUAUUCUCGCCCAUGUUAUCUCAAGGUCUAUGUGUAUAUUUAAAACAUUUGAUUGUUGAUCACCAUACACUGUUUAAGAAGUUGUAUCCUCAGAAAAAACUUUUACCAAAGCACCAUUUUCUUAUCCACUAUCCCCGCUGCAUCCAGAAAAUAGGGCCUGUACUUCAUAGUUGGUGUAUGAGGUAUGAAGGCAAACAUAAUUUUUUCAAAAAACAGCUUAAAUCGUUUAAAAAUAUUACCAAAACGCUGGCAAAAAAGCAUCAGAAUCAUAUGGCAUAUAGUUGGCGAAGAUCAACAACUUUUAGUCGGUUAGAUAUUGGUCCAGGAAAAAUGGUGGCUUUAAAUAUGGUAAAAGGAGGUUCUGAAAUUGCUUUGGCAAUGCAAGUGCCCAGUAGCAUUCAGGUUAUGAAGGUUAAUUGGGCUAAACAUAAUGGGUAUGUUUAUCGCCCACACUUGGUUAUCUGUGGCGAAGUUGACUCUGAAGUGCCCUUGUUUUAUCAGAUUGAGUCAGUUCUGAUAAUGUGUGAAAAACUGUUACUACUCACAGUGCCUUUAGUUACAGUAACUUUUCAAGAACAUUUCCAUGCAUAUGAGGUGAUCAGAUCAAAGCAUGAUUUAGUUUUUUUUCAUGUCGACAACCUGCACUACCCUAGACCUUUUGACAUACAAAGGUCAUAUGGAGGAAAUGACACAGCUCUCCUUGUUGUGCCAUAUUGCUUUCUCUGGUGAACAUUUUUAUGAUGUUAUACUUCUGUCAUAGACAAGGCAAUGGGUGUACAAUGUAAAUUCACGGACAUUGAAAUUAUACUUUUUUUUUCAAUAAAUGUGGGUGCUCUCA